UCCAGCCCACAGGGGGGAGUGGUCUGUUCAUGUGGCCGAGUUCAGAGCACUGUAUCACGGCCAGCCUCCCAGCUGUGACUCGCUGUGAUUUCCUUUUCUUCUUCUCCCCCCCCACCUCUCUACCCUCGCCGUAACUCCCAGCAGGGCUGUCUCCCGUAAAGAUGGAGCUCCGGACGACCAUACCCGCUCUGCUCUUCCUCUCUGCCGCCUGUCUGCAGUCGGUGUCCGGCGCGGCAUCACGGAGAGGACCGAAAGUCACCGAGAAGGUGUUUUUUGACAUCACAGUGGCGGGUCACGAGGUGGGGCGGAUUGUCGUGGGCCUAUUUGGGGAGGUUGUCCCACUCACUGUCAAUAACUUUGUCGCCCUGGCAACUGGAGAGAAAGGUUACGGCUACAAAGGGACAAAGUUCCACAGAGUCAUCAAGGACUUCAUGAUCCAGGGAGGAGACUUUACAGCUGAAGAUGGAACUGGAGGUCACAGCAUCUAUGGAACAACUUUUGCAGAUGAAAACUUCACACUGAAGCAUUUAGGAGCCGGCUGGGUGAGUAUGGCAAAUGCCGGUCCGGACACCAACGGAUCACAGUUCUUCAUCCUGGCUACCAAAGCACCGUGGCUGGAUGGGAAACACGUGGUUUUUGGCAAAGUCCUGGAUGGGAUGUCUGUGGUUCACACCAUCGAGCUCCAGGACACCAACGACAGAAACCUGCCGUACACCGAGUGUGUGAUCGUCAACAGCGGCAGGAUCCCCGUCAAAGAGCCCUUUGUGGUGGAGUUGGAGGGCUGGUAGACGCCACUGUUAGAACAAAGACCCUAUCUGAUAUUACAUUCUGGUGAUCAAUCAGAAGUCCAGUUUGCCAAAUUCACAUUCACGUAUUAUCACUUUUGCAUGUUAACAUGUAAGUAACUAGGUCAAGGUAUUUGAAAUGUUUUGAUUCUCUAUACUCAGGUAAUAACCUUAUAUCUCCAAAAUGGCUACUUUUUUAAGAUUGCCAUAUUUUGAACUAGAUGCAAUUUCGACGACAAAGCAACUUUAGAAUCAGCAGAUUCUGGCUUUAUUUUAUUUAAGAAAAACCAAAAGGUUUUAAAUGGAUUCCUGAUUCCUAGUGAGAAAGUCGCCAAGUUGGCAACACUGAUUUGCUUAUUUAUUCGUUACAUACCCUGUGUAAAAGGACCCGUCAGAGAUGAGCAUGUAAAACACAUGCCAAAACUUGGAGAUAUGAGAUUGUCAGCCAAUAGUAGCACACUGUAUGCAGAGAGAAUUCAUCAAUUCACUAAAAUCACUGUGGCUCAUGCUAACUUUUGUUAGACGUUAGCUGGCAUACUUAGUAUAGCAUAUUUAGUGGAUGGUUGCCAGUUAGCAUCCUCCCUAAAACUCUGUAUCAAACGAAAUAACUGUGCUUUAAACAUGACAAACACCAUGGAAACUUAAAUUGACAGAACUAUGUAGCUCUUCUUUAAUCUCCAAUUGCCAAAAUCAUUCCUUAUUUGCCAUUUGCUUGCAUUUUCUAUGCAACUAAUCAGUACUUAAAUAUCUUCAUUUUAAUUACUGUUAACAAACAUAUGCAAAAGAAGACGUACUGUAGCAAGUGUCAAACGCCAUUCUUGCACUUCAUCUUUCCAUCGUUGAAACUUUAGAUUUCCUUUCUCCUGUUUUGAUUAAAUGGAGAUAUUGUCUUCCUGAUGCUUUAUGAACCAUAUCAUGUUUGCAAAAAC